GUGGAGUGGAUCCGCGCAUUCACCUCUGUCUGUGAGGCUGAACUGAGAAUACUCCAUGCGUAACGCGUUUACUUUACUUCUCAUUUGCCGCACAGUAAUCCAGCGGGGUACCAUCAGCGCAUCUUACCGUCUUUUAAGGAGUAUCUUGGAUUUCCGGAGGCAGAAAAACGCAGAAAGAAUUCCUCUGUGGCAGUUGCACCUGUGAAGAGCGCUCGUCUCGUCUCUGGCGUCGUGGAAUGGCUAGAGAGAUGCUGCUGUUACAGUGGCAGACGCGAAGAGGCUGAAAACUGUGGGAAGUCAGGCAGGGCACAGAGGAUCAAGUCUGGACAAAGACGGCAUUCUAUUUACCCUCAAUUGAAUGUGAGCUCUCGCUGACCUCCAAUAUUUAAAAUGAGGUUGUCAUGGAAACUGCUGGUGCUGCAAUUAUUCAUAGGAUGCCUUUCAGAAGGCAGCGGUCCUCUGAGGCCAGUAUUCACCAAACAGCCGGGAAGUAUUGUAUUCCCUCUCCAUCUUAAUGAGCCCAGCCGAGAGGUCACCUUCAGUUGUGAAGCCCAGGGACAUCCGCCCCCGUCCUACAGGUGGAAAAUUAAUGACAGCUUCAUCCUCCCUCAACCUGGCUCUCGAUACAGCAUCUCAGGAGGAAACCUUCGAAUCAGCCAGCUCAAUAAGGAAGAGGAUUCUGGUAUUUACCAGUGUCUGGCCUCCAACUCUUUCGGGACUAUUCUCAGCAGAGAAGCUAGUCUUCACAUUGCUUAUCUGGAGGAGUUUAAAACCCAGAGGAGAAGUCCAGUGAGCGUUAGAGAGGGGCAAGGUGUGGUUCUUCUCUGUGGCCCUCCAGCACAUAUGGGAGAGUUGACUUUUUCCUGGAUCUUUAACGAAUAUCCUUCAUUCGUGAAGCAAGACACGCGGCGCUUUGUGUCACAGAAAACAGGCAACCUGUACAUCGCUAAAGUGGAGCCCUCAGACGUGGGAAACUACACCUGUGUCGUGACUAACUCUGUGACCCAAAGCAGAGUUCAGGGACCUCCCACGCCACUUGUACUCCGCAGUGAUGGCGUUAUGGGAGAAUAUGAGCCAAAAAUUGAGAUCCAGUUUCCAGAAGUUGUGGCUGUUGCCAAAGGGUUGACAGUCAAACUGGAGUGCUUCGCUUUGGGAAAUCCAGUACCUGCUAUCACCUGGAGAAGACCAGACGGAGUUCCUUUUCCCAGAAAAGUGGAUGUUAACAAAUCCAGUGGUGUGUUGGAGAUCCCUUAUUUCCAACAGGAAGACGCAGGGCUAUUUGAAUGCAUGGCUGAGAACUCCAGAGGCAAAAACACAGUGAAGGGGCGACUCUCCUUCUAUGCGCCCCCUCAUCUGGUGGAGAAGCCUCAGGAUGUGCAGAAAGCCAUUGAUGAAUCUCUGCUGUGGGAGUGUAAGGCGAGCGCUAAGCCCAAACCUUCCUAUAGGUGGCUGAAGAACGGCGAGCUGCUUGAGUCCUUUGAGGACAGAAUCCAGGUGGUAAACGGGGGAUUGUCCAUCAGCAGGCUGACCCUGUCAGAUACUGGGAUGUACCAGUGUAUCGCCGAGAACCGUCAUGGCCGAGUGUUUGCGAACGCUGAACUCAGAGUCAUUGCAGUGGCACCAGAUUUCUCCUAUAGUGUGCUGAAGGCACAGACACUGGCUCGGCAUGGUGGAGAUGUUUUGAUUGAGUGCAGGCCCCGCAUGUCCCCGCGCGGGAUGAUCUCCUGGAGGAAGGGCAAAGAAGCCCUGCGAGAGAGCCACAG